CCUGUAUAGCUCCGCUCCAGCUCACUUGACGCAGCUGCUGCGCACCGCCGCGCAUCUCUGGAAGGAUCUGUUAAAAGAAAACUAAAAAAGACGAGGGGACGUGCUGGUGGAUAUGAUUAACUGAAAACUGAUCAAUGAGGAACAUAUAUCUGUGGGAAAAAAAACUCAGCUCUGCUCUUGAACUCAUGCGGCAACAAUACGUCGCUUGAAGCUGCUCGUGGUGUUGUAGAGGACUUGUUUAGGAGUUUUUGCCGUGUGUUUUGUUUUUUUCGCUUCUGAGUUAUCCAAGAAUAAAAUAGAUGCCUGAGGAAUAGUUUGGAGAACUGGUAACUACUACUCGCGGUGGGGUUAUUUCAUGAUUUGGAAGAACCUCUUGUACUUAAGGAGCGGGUGUGCGCAGAGAAGCUUGGACACUGCGGAACGAUUGCUGGAGGUGUUGUGAUGCAGAAGUAAAGAAGGAAUUUGGUGAUUUUGUGGAUCACUUCCAACACUGAACUUCGACAAUCUACAGCUUCCUCCUUGUGGCAUCAGCUUUGUGCGAGGACAAUGUUGAUGAAGGAGUACCGCAUCUGCAUGCCCCUCACAGUGGAGGAGUACCGAAUCGGCCAGCUGUACAUGAUCAGUAAACACAGUCAUGAACAGAGUGAACGUGGGGAAGGUGUGGAGGUGGUGCAGAAUGAGCCAUACGAGGAUCCCGAGCAUGGAUCAGGCCAGUUCACAGAGAAACGAAUCUACCUCAACAACAAGCUGCCCAGUUGGGCCAGAGCUGUGGUCCCCAAAAUUUUCUAUGUCACAGAAAAGGCGUGGAACUAUUACCCGUACACUAUCACAGAGUACACGUGCUCCUUUCUGCCCAAGUUUUCCAUCCACAUAGAGUCUAAAUAUGAGGACAACAAAGGCAGCAAUGAUAAUAUCUUUGGCACUGAGCCCAGAGAGGAAGAAACAGAGGUGUGUGUUGUGGACAUUGCCUACGAUGAGAUCCCUGAACGCCACUACAAGGAGUCAGAGGUGAGUGAAGACCUUCGGUAUUUUAAGUCGAAGAAGACUAACCGAGGGAACCUUCAGGAAGGAUGGAUUAACAACCAUGACCCCAUCAUGUGCUCUUACAAACUAGUCACUGUCAAGUUUGAAGUCUGGGGUCUGCAAACACGUGUGGAACAGUUUGUACACAAGGUGAUUCGAGAUGUCCUGCUUCUAGGACACAGGCAGGCCUUUGCUUGGGUGGAUGAAUGGAUUGAUAUGACCAUGGAGGAGGUGAGGGAAUACGAACGUGCCACACAGGAAGCCACCAACCUGAAGAUUGGCACCUUCCCCCCUGCCAUUUCUAUCUCAGAGACCCCACUACCAUCCAGCGCCCGCAGUGGACCCAACAGUGCUCCUUCCACUCCCCUUUCCACCGAAGCCCCAGACUUCCUGUCAGUCCCCAAGGAGCGUCCCAGGAAGAAGUCUGCUCCCGAGACUCUGACCCUGCCGGAUCCCGGUCGCAGAGAUUCAAUCUUCAAACUGCCCAGCUUUUUCUCCUGGAACUCCAGCUCGCAGCCAGAAUGAGUGGGACUUCCAUUCCUUGUAUACACCCUCAACCUGUGGAUUAGUCGAGGAAGCCUGCCCAGCACUUCCCAAAAUUCCCCCUCACAACCAACUGUAGUGAAGAAGACUUUUCACUCUCUUGGUCAUUCCUGCCCCUCAGUGGAAUCACCAAGUUACAGCAAAGCCAGCAGCUCUCAGACUGUCUUCACAGGUACAGACAGGCAGCCUCAUCUCCACAGCAAGAAGUCCUGCAAGGUGUGAAGGUCAAGGCCAUUCCUGUGAGAGUCUAACAAAAAACAGCUGCAGGCUCCUCAUUCAUCUCUUCAUUUAGAAAAAAAAGCUUACAUUCUGCAUCAGUCAGUAUGGAGACCAAUAAGCCCAACUGAGCGUAGCGUACAUUCCUGAAAUCUUUUAUCCCACAGAGCAUCAGCUUGUUUCCAUCCAAGCUCAGGGUGUCUAAGAUUCAGUUACUAGAUAUAAAUUUUACACAUACAGAAUUUUUGUUUUUCUUCUUUAUCUUUAAACAUCUGGUUAUCUGUCUUUAUUAACUGAAGCUUGUGGUUUAAUGGUUGUAUUGGCCACUGUGUCAGUUGAGUAUCAUAGUUUUCAGUCAGGUGUACAGUGAUGAAAUAUUCUUAUAUAUACAGUAUGAAAAUCAUUGAAUUGAUAAAAUGUAAGUACUUUCAAAUCAAUGUCAUACGUCCAGUAAUGAAGCUGUGAUGGAAUUUGUUGUGUGCAGUAGGUAAUGGUUGAAAUGCUUUUUUUUGUUUGCUCAUAGUGACCUUUGUCAGCCACAAAGUCCUCAUGUUGACAGCAUGACUUUGACGCUGAGCCCAGUUUGAAAUAUUUACUAACUUAAUGUUUUCUUUGUUAUCCCAUCCUUAUACUUGAUGUGUUCACCCUAAGGUUUUACAGAGUGGUCAUGUGGUGUUGUUUUGCUGCUAUAUUCAUUUUAGUUUUGUUUAUUUUCAGACAUAUUUGCAAUGGGUUUUUCAUUCUUUUAAUGAGAUUAUAUUAAAUACUGGUGCAUCCAUAA